GCCCAGAUUUUCCAGCAACUGUCGACUUCCUCCAUCCUGGAGACAUAAAAGACUGUGGCCACGGCUGCUGGAGGAACCGUCUCUGCUCUGCAUCGACCCAGGACUGACAACAGGAUGUGGUGCGUUGGCCUCUUCGCUCUGCUGCUCCCAACCAUGGCCGCCCUGCUGCACCCAGACCCGGCACUGGACGCCCAGUGGGAGCUAUGGAUGAAAACCCACAGGAAACAAUACAACGGCAAGCCGGACGAGCUCUCGCGGCGCCUGGUGUGGGAGAAGAACCUGCACUACAUCGGCACCCACAACCUGGAGGUCUCACUGGGGCUGCACACCUACGAGCUGGCCAUGAACCACCUGGGCGACAUGACCAGCGAGGAAGUGGUGCAGAAGAUGACGGGGCUCAAGGUAGCACCGUCCCGGCCCCGUAGCAACGACACGCUGUACGAGCCCGACUGGACGGAGCAGGUGCCGGACGCCGUGGACUGGCGGAAGAAGGGCUACGUGACGCCCGUGAAGAACCAGGGUCAGUGCGGGUCGUGCUGGGCCUUCAGCUCGGUGGGAGCCCUGGAGGGGCAGCUGAAGCGGCGGAUGGGGAAGCUGCUGUCGCUGAGCCCCCAGAACCUGGUGGACUGCGUGACCAACAACGACGGCUGUGGUGGCGGGUACAUGACCAACGCCUUCGAGUACGUGCGCACGAACCGCGGCAUCGACUCCGAGGACGCCUACCCCUACGUGGGCCAGGACGAGAGCUGCAUGUACAACCCGACUGGGAAGGCAGCCAAGUGCCGGGGCUACCGGGAGAUCCCGGAGGGGAACGAGAAGGCACUGAAGCGAGCCGUGGCCCGGGUGGGGCCCGUGUCGGUGGGCAUCGACGCCAGCCUGCCCUCCUUCCAGUUCUACAGCAGAGGUGUGUACUAUGACGAAAGCUGCAAUGCCGAGAACAUCAACCAUGCGGUGCUGGCCGUGGGCUACGGGACGCAGAAGGGCGCCAAGUACUGGAUCGUCAAGAACAGCUGGAGCGAGGAGUGGGGUAACAAGGGCUAUGUCCUGAUGGCCCGAAACAUGGACAACGCCUGCGGCAUUGCCAACCUAGCCAGCUUCCCCAAGAUGUGAGUGCUGUGCUGGCCACGGCUCCGGCCCCGGCCCCGGCCCCGGCCCCAUGCUCAUGUCGCCGGCUUCUGCUCUGCUUCAUCCCCAUCCUCACCGCUCUGCGCCUCCAGCAACAUGAGAAUGCGCCUCCCCUCCGGCCGGGGAAGCUGCGCUCUCUACUCCCCAAGAGGUAGGGUGAAAGGACUGGUGUCUGCAGAGCCAGGAGGCGUGGGGCAGACUGAGCAUUUCUCCAGGAGCAGGGAUUCAGGCCCCGGAGGGAUUCAACCCCCUGCCCCUUCUUUGGACCUACCCCGUGGAGCCAGCACCCUUCAUCCCAUGCAUGCAGCCAGCCGCAGCCACCAGCUGUGCCCAUUUCUGAGACCCGUGUGGAGCCGGAGGGCUGGACCCAGGUUCUGAGGCCUCCCCAGGGCCCGGCCGUCAGUGGGAAGAGGUUGCAGGGUGCCCGCACCCCGGAGAGCUUCUGUGGGUGGCUUUCUGUUGCCCUGUCCUGUGUGACCUGGGGUGCAGCAGAGCUAGUCUCCUGUGGUCCUGGGCAACCUCUGUAUCCCUCCCUCCACGAUGUGGCGGGUUUAGGUGAGACCAACACAACUGUAUUGUGAAUAAACGCAGUGGGGAGAAGCUGGC